AGAGGUGAGAGCGGCGGCCCCGGAAGUGAUAGGGCCGGAGCGGCGCCGUCUCCGGUUCGGUGCGCACGAGGGGUUCCCGCGCGCGCCUGCCCGCCUCCCGCCGCGCGCCGCCGCCAUGAGCCUGCCCCUCAACCCCAAGCCCUUCCUGAACGGUCUGACGGGGAAGCCGGUGAUGGUGAAGCUGAAGUGGGGGAUGGAGUACAAGGGCUACCUGGUCUCCGUCGACGGCUACAUGAACAUGCAGCUCGCCAACACGGAGGAGUACAUCGACGGAGCGCUGUCCGGACACCUGGGCGAAGUUUUGAUAAGAUGCAAUAAUGUUUUGUACAUCAGAGGUGUGGAAGAAGAGGAAGAAGAUGGAGAAAUGAGAGAAUAGGUGUUUUGUAUAUCUGGAAAUAAACUUUUUUUUUUCUUUUGUUGUUUUUCCAUAA